CUGUAGCAGCAAAGACUUUGGCGCGUGGAUUUAUGAGCGUGCAUAAAACCUCAAAAAGGAGUCGUGCUCGAGUCACGGAGAUUUUGAUUUUCGCGAUUGACUGGUCAUGCAGGCGUUUACCAGUCCAUACGUGUGCCCGUAUUUUACGUGCUCAUCCCCGUAUUGCCUGGCGUUGAGAAGCAGUGCUGUGGCAUCGAGUUUAGCGAUGAACCGACCACCUCCGAGUCCAAACCAGCCCGGAAUAUCUUCAUUUACGAUUUCAUCCAUUCUAUCUCGCUCAGAAGAGUCGCCGACUAAACCAGCCAGAUCCGAAGAAACAACGGUAGCUAAAUGUUCAUCUGAAGGGAACAUAAGCUCGCAGUUUGUUCCCAGUUACUCUUCACAUCUCUCAAUUGAAAGAUUUCAUCCCUACCAUCGACCUCUGACAGCUAGUGCUUUUGCGCGAACAACUUGCGGUAGUUUGCAAAAAGAAGGAGAAGCAAUUCUUUCAGUUGUACACCAUGAAGAAAACAAGGCGUGGAAUUUCAAGCAAGGAAAACCGAAGAGAAUUCGUACGAUUUUCACGCCAGAACAACUCGAGCGAUUGGAAAAAGAGUUUGACAGGCAGCAAUACAUGGUCGGAGCCGAGAGACAUUAUCUCGCCGCUUCGCUAAAUCUCACUGAAACACAAGUGAAAGUCUGGUUUCAGAACAGAAGAAUUAAAUGGAGAAAACAAAAAAUGGACCGGCCCAACUCCAGCUAAGACAUCAAAUAUGAAACAAAGGAAAAACUAUGAUAUGCUUACGAGAGAUGAAAGUCGCGAACAUCCGAUGGGCCUCAAUCCAUGGUAUUUAAAAUUGAAAAAAAAAAGAAAAGAAAAGAUGUGUAACUGUACUUAAAGGUGUUUUGACAAUGAACAUAUUCACACAAUUUUAUC